GGAAGUUGGCCGUCCACUUAUCUCCUCCCUCCUUCGCCUGCUGCCAGAUAACAGCCCCAACAGUUGGAUCAAGUGCCAGCUAGUCAUGACCGCAACCUGGACAAAACACUCUAACCGUCUCCUCUGCAACCCAGAAAGAGUCUCUGUUCGGUGUGUUUUGGCUAGUAGGCAGACUGAAGUUGGCGCUGCUCGUUUUUCAUAGUGGAAGUUUGGCAGCAGGCUAUGUAAAGAACUUCUAAAGAAGUGACACACUGACGACAAAGAGGAAGGCAGUAGGGAGAGACGGGAGGGACGCAUCCAUCGGUUCCAGCGGGCAGAGGCGGUACACGGCAUCAUGAGCGUCCCGCUUUACGCACCGACUCCCAUCCAGCCAGCUCACCCGACUCCCUUCUACAUCGAAGACAUUUUGGGGAGGACUGCCAGCACCGCCACCUCGUCUGCCCCGUCUUCUACCUUCUCCACCUCUUCAUCAUCCUCCUGCUCCACUCCGGUCAUCCCCACGCCGACUCUUCCGUCACCUAACUCGUCGUUUACAAGUCUGAUCUCGCCGUACCGGACGCCAAUUUAUGAACCCACACCGAUCCACCCGGCGCUGUCGCACCACGCCGCACUGACAGCGACGUACGCCUCUGCCGGGGCUUUCACCGGCUCCAUCUACCCGUUCCACCACCAGCACCACCGCUCCAUGGGGGAGUAUGCACAGGCGCUGCUGAGGCACGACCCUAUCGGGAAGCCGCUGCUGUGGACGCCCUUCAUCCAGCGGCCCCUGCAUAAAAGAAAGGGCGGCCAGGUCCGUUUCUCCAACGACCAGACCAUCGAACUGGAGAAGAAGUUUGAGACGCAGAAGUACCUCUCACCUCCGGAAAGAAAAAGACUGGCCAAAAUGUUACAGCUCAGCGAGAGACAGGUUAAAACCUGGUUCCAAAAUCGUCGAGCUAAGUGGCGAAGACUUAAGCAGGAAAAUCCUCAAGGGGGGAAGAGGGAGGUGGAGGACGACAGUUCCGGCGGAAUGAGUACUAAAGGUGAAGAGCUACGGAGUCAGGAGCAAAGGCAGACGGGCCCGGCGGACCACUGUGUCCUCCCUGUGUCCUCGCAGGAGCCCCACACGGUGCUGGACUCCGACGUGUCGGAUGAUACAGACCAAGAGCUGGACAUAGAGGACGAUGAUGAGUUCACACUAAACCCCCAGUUCUGAAAUCAUACUCUGUUCAGUAAGGAUCCUCUCGGACUUUGGGUGCUAAACCCCUUCAGUCCCCCCCCCCCCCUCAUCUGUCAGGUCACUGAACCCCCCAACGAUGGCAAGAUGAUAGACUUGUUCCUGCUCUCGGCCAGGACUAAGGUAAAAUCCAGUCCAAAAGGGAUCUCACAUUUCAUUUUCCACCAGUGCCUUUCAACGCGACUUCCUUCUCGGUUUGAACUUUUGCAUAUAUAAUGCAUAGUACUCUGCAAUAUUUGUGCUGAUUGUGUCUCAAUGACGGUCACUGUAAAUGAAUAGUAGACCUGUAGUUUAGUUUCUGUGUACUGUAGCAUGUAUCUUUUCUGAUGAUAAACGCUCUUAAGUGUAUAAGCCUUGGCCUUCUAAUGUGAUAGGGCCAUUCAUUAAACAGCGAUGUUAUGUAACCAAGAUUUUGUUUUGUUUGGUGAGGCCCAAUAAAACUAUUUUGUGAUAAAUAUGA